AUGAAGCUGCAAGACUUCGUUAAAUACCUUGUUUGCAUCUCGGCGAUAAAUUUGGGGACAACUCACUGCAACGUCAUCGAUUCUUCCAUAGAAAAUUGGGCUGGCCUCAGACAUGAACGCGGCGUUCUGGACUUGCUUUUCGGGAGAUUCCGGACUUGUGGCGCCUGCUUAUGCGGCAGAACAAAUCGUAAAGCAGCGCGAUUAUUGGGCGGUGAGAAUACGGAAUCCCACGAGUUCCCCUGGCUCGCUAAUAUUCACACAAGCUCCGGAUUAUUAGUUAGCGGAGUGCUGAUAAACGAUCGUUACGUCAUGACAGCAGCUAGCGAGCUAGUUGGAGCAACCGCACCAGAAAUAAAAGUAUCUUUGGGAGAAUACGACCGAUGUACGUUUGACAUUUCGUCGGUGAAUAUUAGUGUCGAAUCCAUAAUUUUGCAUCCAGAGUUCAAUCCGGAUGCACAUUCUCAGGAUUUGGCUUUAAUUCGUCUAAGUCGGCCGACCAAAUUCGAGAAGAGGAUAUCACCGAUAUGCCUACCCAACCCAGGAUCGACCUAUCUUGGCCAAGUUGGCACUUUAGUAGGUUGGACCGUACGCAAACUCAACGACAGCGGCGACAUUCGAACGUGUAGACCGCGAAAACUGGGACUUCCUAUUUUAGGAUAUAACGAAUGUAUUAAGUCAGGAAUAAAUUCGAUGAAUUUUAACGACGAUUACGGAUGCAUUGGCAUUGUUGGUACAAAUUCUCUUGUGUGCGAGAAUGACGUCGGAUCUUCUUUGCAAUAUCGUUCAUACGCUGGAAUUUAUGACCUCAUUGGUAUUAUUCCAAACGUGAAUAAAUGCGACAAUACUCCUGGACCAACUGUCUUUACGAGAGUGGGGUCUCGACUUGAUUGGAUACUACAGCACACUAAAGAUGCGUGUUACUGUACAAAAUGAUAACAAUCGAUCCCGCGAUAAUGUUGCCAGAAUAUUAUUAUCUAAUAUCGAAGUAUUCAUUGUUAUUCAUUGUUAUUAUUAUCUCCACCGCUACAUUUUAGAAAGCACGCGAAAUAGUCUUUAUUGCCGAGUUGCA